CGCUGGAGGCGCGGCGGGGACACCCCGCUCGCAGCAGCGGCUUCAGCCCAGAGCGCCCAGGAAAGGAUUGAAGUGUCGAGACAGUGAGAAGCGGGGCGCCAAGAUGGCCAGAAGGAGUCCGGGUCCGUGGUUUGUGCCCUGGCUCUGCUUGGUGCUGGUGCUGGACUUGGGCGAAGGGCAGAAGGAAAAAGCCUUCGGUGAAAUGUGCCUGGAGGAGUUUACGACUGGGCUGCCGGAUUGGGUGCUGGACACAGGCGCCUCCGUCCAGAACGGAGCCACCUUCUUGUCGUCCCCUAUGGUGCAUCGGAGCAGGGACUGCAUGAGAGCCUGCUGUAAGGACCCCGCCUGUAACCUGGCCCUCGUGGAGCAGGGCCCGGGCUCGGAGGAAGACCACAUCCAGGGCUGCUUUCUCCUCAAUUGCCUCUAUGAGAAGGCUUUCGUCUGCAGGUUUGCCAGGAAGAUCGGCUUUCUCAACUUCUUGAAGAGGGACGUGUACGAUUCCUACCUGGCAAUGCAGAAUCACAGACCUAGUGAUGACCACCCUCCAAUAGCCCGUGCUGUCAAGGACAUGAGGGUACAGCCGGGAGAGCCAGUGAUGCUGAGAGGCACAGAGAGCACGGAUGACCAUGGGAUAGUCAGCUAUGAAUGGAAACAGAUCCUGGGUAACCCCUCUGCAGAGAUGAAGAAGCACGAAGAUGAUGUAGAAAUCUCCAACCUCCAGGUGGGAACUUACGUCUUCCAGCUCACUGUCACAGACACUGCACAACAGCAAGACUUCACCAACAUCACCAUUGUGGUGUUGAGUUCUGAGCAGACAGAAGAGCAUUGUUUGACUCCAAAAAAGGUGGGUUGGUGUCGGGGAUCUUUUCCACGCUGGUUUUACAACCCGAGCCUUCAGCAGUGUGAGGAGUUCAUUUUUGGUGGCUGCAAGCCCAACAAGAAUAACUAUUUACGGGAAGAGGAGUGUGAACUCGCCUGCAAGAAUGUCAGAGGUUCUGUUGGUGGGCGACAACAGCCAGUAUGCAAUGGGAACUGUCAGGCCCCCUUCUUCAGAUGCAAGGAUGGUUGCUGCAUUGAUGCCUAUCUAGAGUGUGAUGAAACUCCCGACUGUGCUGAUGAAUCGGAUGAGUUGUACUGUGAACAAUAUGCCCGUGAGUUCAAUAGACUGCAGAAAAUCAAUGUCACACAUAAGCAAGGCCACUGUGUGGACUUGCCUGAUACUGGACAGUGCUCCGAGAGCAUCCCCCGCUGGUACUAUAACCCAUUCUUGGAGAAAUGCGACCCCUUCACCUAUGGCGGCUGUGGUGGCAACAGUAACAACUUUGAACAAGAGGAAGAGUGCAUGAAAUCAUGUUCAGGCAUCACAAAAGCAGAUGUCAUUGGCCGAAGAUGGGAAUCAUUUGAGUCCCAAACUGCUAUGUUAAGUGCCUUUGAGGUAGUCAUUGCUGUGCUCCUCGGGAUCUGCAUCAUGGUGGUCCUGGUGUUCAUUGGCUACUUCUUCCUGAAGAAAAGGAAGAAAAACGGCCGCCGCCGUCAGCCUCCCACCGCUACCAACUCAACCCUCUCCACUACAGAGGACACUGAGCAUCUAUUCUACAGCAGUGCCACCAAACCAGUCUGACCUACAGCCUCUCCCUCCAGCUCAGCACUGGGGCACUCCCCAAAACAUCUGGAGUUCUGUUUUUAGACACAGGUCUGUGCCUGAAGGACUCAUUCUCAGUGAAGACAUUUGGAGCAUCAGGCCGAGAUUUAACUGUGAUUUGGCAGUACUAGUAUUUGUGAUUGUCUAGGCUAAAUGGCUGCUCUGGAAAGUGAGGAACUGGGAGCGUUCUGUUGCUCUCUGAUAUCCAUCCGUUCCUAACCUCAAACAAUCCAGUGAAACUCUGAAUUACGUCUUUUUCCUCCUCAAACCUGGAGCACAACUUUGCUCAACUUCCUGAAGGAACCUGGAACUGCAUCUGGGUAGCAUUCAUGUUGGUGAAUGGUGCAAGCUCACCAGAACCAGCAAUUUGUUUUCAGUGUCACUUUCUGCCACUUAACCUUGUAUUUUCCUCCCCUUCUCAAAGUCCUCUGCAAGGUGCCCUGCCUUGCAGCAGUCUACCUGGUUGUGAUGCAUCUCUUGAGGUCUGUGGAAUUCACAUAUUCAUUCAGACCUGAUCCAAGGGCUCUGUGACACUCUCAGGCAGUUCCUGUUUUCAACAUGGACAGAAACAGAAAUACCUGCUUAAGUCACUAGGCUUUGUUUUUUAACAGAAAAGCACACCUAGACCUUUUGGUGGCUGGCUGCUGUGUUUCAGUCUCCUGUGUACAAUACGUGUUCACCAUUUUUCUCUGUGAAUUGCCCUAGUUGCUUUCCCAGUGUUCAGACUGAGCCCAAACACAUUGAGAAAAUAUGUUCUCGCAUGAAGUAAACGUCCAUACUUUUCCUGCUGAUUGUGCAGGAAAGCUGCAGCUUUGAUUUUACUGCACGUUCCUCAGAGCACACGGCGUGACCUGAGUCUCUGGCAUCUCCUAGAGCACAGGAGUGGGCUGGAUACCACCAGCUAGUGUCCACAGGCUUCCUUGUUCCUGCUGGCUCAUCUCUCCUGAUGCAAGAUGAGGCCAGCCUAGCUUCGGGAGGUCCAAAGCUCAUCUCUGGCCCCAAGGCAGCGCAUGAUAUCCCCACUUUGGCAAUGUCUUGGUCCCAGUCCUGGUCCUGUAUGUUCUCCUGUAGUCCCCUUGCAGUGAGAUUCUUCCAGGCUCUGUCCUGUAGCAUCUGCUGGUCCAUGCUUGUACCUCUGAGCUGAAGAUUUCUGUUGAGGCAGAAGCUAUUUGUGAAGGGCCUGAUGUGCUGACAUGUGUGGGGCUGGCACCAAUCCCUAAACUUCCAGUGCCUGCUGCUCUUGGAAAACUGCUGUGGAGAGGAAACCUGUGUGUGUGUGUGUGUGUGUGUGUGUGUGUGUGUUUGUGUAAGAAGCAUAAAUCUAUGUACAGACUUCAGUUUAAAUGCUUGAACUCUUUCAAGGCCAAGGGCAGAGUGGUUCUGGAAUGCUCUGAUGAAGCCAUUCCUAGCUCAGGACACUGCUCAGGUCCUCUCGAGGGCAGUGGCAGGAGAACUGCCUCUUUGGGCUGAUGGCUGGGCUGAAAGGAAAGAAACUGCUGCCCAGAGUCUGCAUGUCUCUCCCCAUCACAGGCAUCUGCCUCAGCGUACCUGAGUCAGAUUCCUCCUUUUCGUGAUAUGUCUCAUAUCAUUUCUUCCAUCUCUUUGUUUUUUCCCACAGCCUGUCAUGGCCUAUGCAAUAAACCUAAUGUCUUGAUUUAUUUUUUUGUGUGCUCACUCUGAUAAUAAAAAGGAGAUGUUUGUCUUA